CUACGUAAAAAAGUUUACUUUUUAAUUUUUUCAAGAAGACAGUUUGAAUUUUGUGUAUAGUGGAACAUACAGUUACAUACUGUAUCACCGGAAACCCUACAUGCUAGCCAACUUUACCAUACGGUUGCGGGUUGUAAUCUUUCCGAGAAGUGCCUGAAAUAUCUCGCAGUGCAAUGGGGAAUAGUCGAUAUGCUGCUAAAUUGUCGGGAACCUGAUGGGAUGUGACAUGGCGUCUGAUCGAUGAUCCUCAUGUUGAUCUUGUUCUGGAGAUUUGCCAAGAUUCCCUUCGCUCUUUUCCAUCAUUUGAAUGACUGCAGCAGAUCAGAAUGAGUGUGAAGACCUUCGAUCUGGAGCCCGUCCUGAGCAGUCUGGGAGUGCAGAGUCCCGCGGGGAAGAGUGCCUCCCCCGUUGGCCAGCUGGCUCCUGACAACCAGAUUACGUCCAUUGACUUUGCUGCAGGACAACUCUUUGUGGGAUCCGCUACAGGCUGGAUUCAUCGGUUUGCUGUUCAGCAGACACUUUCGGCACACGGCCGUCCGUCGUAUCGCUGCAAACCCAGCGCUUCAAAAUAUGUCGGACAGAAGAAGCCGAUUAUGCAGCUGAAGGCCGUCCAUGCCCUGAAUCGGGUGUUAUACUUAUGCGAUGGCGUCUUGGCCAUGCUGGAUGCGGCCACUGUCGAGCUGGUGCAGACCAGUGGAUCGCGCGUCAAAGGUGUGACACGGUUCAGCGUCAGUGAUCGGGAUGAUCCGGAAAAUCCCUUCGCAACAUACGAUGUUUGCGUGGCCAAAAAGAAGCAUCUGCAGCUGCACACCCUGUUGGAGACGCACUUCACCCUGACCACGGAGAUCCCCGUCAGCGAGCCCAUCGUGGAGAUGGUGUACAGUGAGCCGUUCAUCUGCUUCGCCUCCCCGCUGCAGUACCACAUGCUCAACGCCCGCGCGGCGCCGCACACGGUGCACGAGUUGUUCCCCUUCGCGGACCAGCCGGUCAUCUUGUCCCUGACCGAUUCCCCGCAGCACGAGUUCCUCCUGUCCGGCCCGGGUGGGCUGGGCAUGUUCGUGUCCGCCGACAGUCUGGUGGCGCCGCGGCCGCCCAUUAACUGGGCCGAAUUAAAGGUAUUACGGAUGCAGUACACAUCGCCGUACAUUCUGGUGUACAGUGAAACCGAUAUCUGGGUAUACUCGUCCAUCAAUCAGCAGCCCAAACAGAGCCUGCAGUUCGAGCAAUGUCGCGCGCUGUGCACCGCGGACUUCCCGGGGAAGAUGCUGGGAACGCCCUUGAUGGCGUCGCUCGGCCAGGUGUGGGCUCUGGAGAACGUUCCCUGGCAGGAACAAGUGGAAACCCUGCUGGAAGAUAAACGCGUGGAGGAAGCCCUGCAGAUCGCCCGCUCCUUCCUGGACGCCGACGCGGGCGACAAUCUGUACCUAUCCAACAUCCUCCAUCGUGCCGCGCUGAUCUGUCUGCAUCGCAACGAACUGGCCCGCGCCCAGGAAAUCCUGCUGGACAGUCAGGGUCCGCCGGAGGAUAUCCUGCAGUUCUGCCCGGAUUUGGUCCAGGACACCUCCAUGGAAGGGGUCCGCAAGGGACGCAGCGGAGAUCUAGCGGUGGAACUGUUUGAGUCGGGUGAGGAAGGAACGGUGGCGCGGCGGAACCGGUUUUUGUUGGGAUAUUUGGAGGAGUUGCGUAAAGUGGCGGGCGAGGAUUUUAGCGAGGAAUUGAAUUUGGUUUACGUGCGUUUGUUGACUGCCACGCGAUCGAAAGAUUUAACAGCUUUUGUCAAAUCCUACCGCAAUCCUCUGCCCUACGAGACUGCAAAGGAUGCUCUAUUAGCCCAGCAUCGUUACGUAGCCGUGGCGUAUUACGAACUGCGCAGCGGCAAUAUCCAGCGGGCACUGGAUAUCUUCCGGCAGGUGCAUGAUGGAGGUCUGGUUGACGAUGUGGACGGUGUUGUCGGGAUCGACGCUAUUGCUGACCUGAUCAGAAGCUACCAAGCAACUCUUGACCAAUCGCAUUUAAUAAAAAAUCUGGAAUGGCUGUUGAAAAGAGACGAAGCUGUGGCCGCCAGUCUGAUUUUAUCCAUCCAGUUCCCGGAUCAUCACGCCGUGUUUGAUCUCCUGGAUUCGUUUCCGGAAAUCCGUUUUCGCUACCUCGAAUAUUUGGUGCUGGAGCAGCACAAAUCGGAUGAGGAGUUGUACCAGCGACUGACGAUAGGAUAUCUGGACGCGUUGAAAGCAUUGCCGAAUGUGAUGGGCAAGGACGCCAUUAAAAUCCGGCAUAAACUGCAGUCAGUAUUGGAAAGUCCUCAUUUAACCGAUUUAUCCACGGUGUCCACGUUGAUUGAUCAAAUGGAUUUGCGGCCCGAGAAAGUGCUUCUUCUAGCUAAGACCGGCGAGCAUUACAAAGCGUUGGAUUUCCUCGUCUACGGAAUGAAAGAUAACGCAGCUGCCGUGGAAUACUGCAUAAAACAGUCGAAAAAUGAUCGGAAAAUGAAGAGGGAUUUGUUUGAGCAUUUACUGAAUAUUUAUUUCGAUCCACGUGAGCAGAACGAGGAAUCCAUCCAUGCUGCGCUGCAGCUGCUAAACAACGAGGCAGCUGAUUUCGAUCCGGUUAAGGUGCUAUCGGUACUGCCGGCCAACUGGUCCAUCGAUAAUUUGCGCAAAUUCCUGGUGAACAAUCUCCGCCGCAGUCUACAUAAUCAGCGGAUGACGGCGGUGGAGCGGAGUUUAAUGAAAUUGCACAGCACCAGUAUCCGUUCCGCGGCGCUGAAGCAUUUGACGGAGAAAGUCUUUCUGAGCGAUGACCAGAGGUGUUUCGUCUGCCAUAAACGCUUCACCGAUCCCAACUUCCGGCUGCGUCUGGACGGCCAGAUAACACAUGUGCACUGUGAUUCCCUGUGAAGAGUGGUCUUUCCGGUGUCGCUUCCUGAUUAUAACAGAUGUUUCUAUCCUCCUCCGCUUCAUAAAAGUUUUAUGUUAUUUUUGUACUGACAGCGUUGUUGUUUUUUAAUAAUUUUAGCCAUUUCAGUCUUGCUGACGAAAGACAUUUCCCUGGACGUACAAAGUUAUUUGAUUUUUUAUCAGUCAGUGUGCAACGACGGUUGUUGUGCCAUGAAAGAAAUUUACGCAGAACAACAUACAAUCCAUUUUGUUGAUAUUAAUUAAU